AUGAGUCUUAUACAAUCAUCGAACCAUCAAAUCAACUGUACUUCUCGUAGUGAAGAAGUGUUCUCAUUCGCGGAAGAAAAUGGCCGCCCCAAAGAAAGAUGGACACCUCUCGGUGCAAACGCAAGUCCUGAACCUGGUUAUCAUGCGUUUGAAGAGAAUCACGUAGAUAAUGAAUUUGACCAUGAGUCUGAAUUAUCCCGCCUAGCCAUAGAAAACGAACACCUCAACAGUUUGUUGAUGGCUUUUACUUCUCACAUCGCCCAGGUGCAAUUUCGUCUAGGGCAAGUAAUAAAUGCUGAGUCUGAUUGCAGAGAUCUCAUGCUUAAGUCUCUCGAGGAAUUUGCCUCCAGAGGAAUCCCUGACCUACAAUCACUGGCGGAACAAUGCAGUAAAUUGUCUUCAGAAUCCCAAGCAUGUACUUCAAGUUUAGAUGGACGACCUCAGAAAAUGAUUGAACAGCUGAAAAAACAUCUUGAUGACCUAGAAAGAUUCGCUUAUGAGACUGGUGAGCAAAGUGAACCGCCAACUCAGGCUAUCUUAGAGAAGCAGCGUUUAGUACUAGAAGGCCUACGAGAGAAACUUGAAUUGAAUAUUUCCAAUGUGGAUAAACUUCCAGCUGCUGAACUGCAACAAGUUGUAGACAAGGCUGUCAAUCAAUUUUUAAGUCCUGUAAAAGUUAACGAAAAACUUGUGGAACAGUUGAAAACUCAAGUGAAUGAUUUAGAACGGUUUAUUGAUUUUCUUCACGGCUCUGGUGCAUGCAGUGAUAUUUUAGCUAAAGCAUUAGCUGAUUUCAAGCGUACACAUCAACAGUUAUCAGCCAAUAAUGAAAUACCAUCGUGUUGUUAUGAUUCUAAUAGAUCACAUACACAAAAUAAUGAUAAUAAUGAUGACCAUGAUCCAGACAAUAGUAGUAUAUUUUCAUCACAUAUCCAUCCUGGUGUACAAUUAGGACAUAGUCGUCAUCUUGAUUCAGAUUAUCAACAUAGUCAUACAAAUGAUUAUAAUACUGAUGGUAUUGAUGCCUAUUUAGAGGAUAUCACCACUACCGAAGAACAAGAAUUAAGGCGUAGAGAUAAUAGAAAACGUGAUGUCAGGAAAUCUCGAUUCACUAUCAUUAACCUUAUUCAACGAGCUAUCACCCUUCUCAACCUGUUUGCAGCAAGUCAAUUGGGUCAGGAUCCUGAUACAUUGCUGACAAAAUUCAACAUGAAUAAACAUUCUCCUCAUAAAGUUGACAAAUCGAAUUCAUCUACCGUAGAGAAAGCCAAAACACAACACUGGGGAACAAUUCGAGCUCGUCUUGAAAUUGCUAUAAAUAUGGUUCAAGAAAAAGUGGUUACUCUUAACACUUAUAAACUAGGUAAAAUACCAGCAGUCAAUUUAUACUCUACAUAUCAUACAAUGCCAAAUAUGAUUCACUCAUGUACAACACAGUCGGAAACUCGUAGUACAGUUCCAUCUGGACGUGAAAGUCCAGAUGGGAAAGCUAGUAUGCCCACAUAUGAUAGUACAAUUAGAUCCUAUGUAUCACUACGUAAGGGUUUUAGUCAGAAUGAAGUUCCCGGUACUCAAAUUGCUUUACCUGUGCAGAAUUUACAUGGUGCCAGUUUACGUGCAUUGUUAUAUGGUGGAAGACCAGAUAGAAUAUUUUCAAAUCCAACUUUGUAUAACGAUAAGAAUGAACUCACUUCAUGCACAGAAGAUAUGGAUGACACAGAAAGCAGCUCAUGUGAAACAUCAGAGUUUCUGUAUACUGAAGCUGAACGCUCUGUGGUGCAUGUUGUACGUCGAUACCUCUGUCCCGCUUUACGUGAUCUUAUCGAACAUGGUCUUAUAAAGAAAGCUUUACAGAAAAUUGAUGAAAAUUCACCUUUGGGAUUAGCAAAUAAACGAAGCAUUUUACUGCUUCGUCCUAUCCUGAACUGUUUAGACUCAAGAUCAAGAAAUCACUCAGAAGAUAAAUUUGAAUGUUUAGAUUUGAACGAUCCAUCAAGUGAUUACAUUUCAAACUCUUUUUCGGGGUCCCGUUCUAAUUAUAUAGGAAUCCAUGCGUGGGAUGUAUUAAUGCGUUUUUAUCAAAUUAAGAAUGGUCCACGGUAUAAUGAAUCUCCGGCGAGAAAACUUUGUGAAAGUUUUGAUUUAGAUACAGUUGAUGGUAAAACAAUCACAAAUCGUCAGAAAUUUUUCAGUGCAAUGGGUAAUGUUCUUCAGGGUCACGUGGCAUACAAACGAAGUAAGGAUGCCAAGUUCAAAGCAUUCAUUAGUAUUGCACUUAAUGAAGGAAAAUUGGUCCCUUGGCUAAGAAUGAUCUUUCGGAAUCAUGUUUUUGUUCAAUCUAUAUAUGAACCAUGGAGUUAUACUUUGAGUACAGGAUUCAACGAUACUCUACAGUCAUUAAUUAAAUUAAAGGAUCUUGAAUUCGCUCUGCCUUAUGAUUACAGUAUUCGUCACUUAAAAGAAAUGCAUGAUGCCUUCUAA